AUGGCUGCAAAAACACCUCAAGAUACUUCCUUUUCCUUCUCACGAAGAUACUUCCACUGGAAAAAGAAAGUGGAAGACGAUGACGAUGAAGGAGCAACCCUCAACUUCAGAUCAUCAUCACUUGGAUGUGUCGUGACUGAGGAGGAUCUGAAUCUUGACGACGACCUCAGCCUCCCUGUACCCCAGGCUGCACCCCGGAGGAAGAAACGUGGACUCAUGUCUGUUGCUAAGCUCCGAUCAGCUCUUACUUUUGGUAAAACCAAGUUAUCUUCUGGUUCUGGUCUAGGCAAGGGUACUAGAGUUGUCGGGACUCUAUUUGGGUACAGACGUGGUCACGUCCACAUUGCGUUUCAAGAGGAUCCGAAGCUAGGCCCGGCUUUCCUGGUCGAGCUAGCCACCCCAACUAGCUUCCUGGUUCGAGAAAUGGCGUCGGGGUUGGUUCGUAUUGCGUUGGAGUGCGAUAAGAAGACUCUGAAGAAGAGUUUUAAGCUGCUAGAAGAGCCACUGUGGAGGACAUACUGCAAUGGCAAGAAAUGUGGUUAUGCUAUGAGACGUGAUUGUGGACCUGAUGAAUGGAAGGUUUUUAAUUCUGUGGGACCGAUUACGAUGGGCGCCGGAGUACUGCCGGAGGGAGGCGGCGGUAGUGGUGGUGAAGGGGAAUUGAUGUACAUGAGAGCAAGGUUUGAGAGGAUUGUGGGGUCGAAAGAUUCUGAAGCUUUUUACAUGAUGAAUCCAGACAGCAAUGGAGGACCAGAACUUAGUAUUUAUCUAAUCAGAGUUUGA